UGUGUAUUCAAAACUAUAGGUUUGACAGAUAUCUUGGCAAAAAAUUUAGAAACGUUUCAAAUGAUGACAAAUUAACCAUGACAAUGCAAAUUAUGUUAUAUAACUAAAAACAAACAAUCGCUGACGGUUAUAAUAAGGUGAUUUUGCCAAUUUGCACGCAGUUUUUAACGUGAUCCCAAGUAAACGGCAAAACCAUUUCUCGUCGCCGUUUUUUUAUUCGUAUCUUCACGUUUUUCCUAUGGGGAGCGGAGCGUCGAACAAGGUAAUUUCACUGAUCUGUGGUGAAUUUAUAUGUAUCUCUACGUUUUCAUUAUGGCUGGCGAACAGCUAAUUUAUAUUAUUCGUUUAUUGUUUCCUUACCAAACUUAAUUGACUAAUUAGGUAGGACAAGAAAGCGAAAUAUAUAUGUAAUCAUUCGCGUCAGAUCAGUUUAAGAUCCUUUCGGUUAGUCUUGCAUGUGUUUAUACUCGAACAGAUGACGCAUCUGAAGUACAAAUCGGCCACAGCCGUGUUUUGUUGGUGAAUUGUAUGUUAGGGGGGCGCUUGUUCUCCUUCAUAACUACACCAGCGACACAAUUUGUGGACCGAUCAGGCUAAAACGUAUCUAGAAUCUAGACAGGGGGAGUUUUUGAGAGAGGUUAAUUCAUGGAGUAAAUGAAAUACGCCUGUACGGUCUGUGUCAGCAUCAAUAUUAAGAAUGAGUUUCGGAUUGAUAGCUGGAUGCAACUCUUUCGAAAGUUUUCAGGUACUUGCAUCUCUAUGAAUCCGAAGCUUUCUUAAUUGAACACUCAAUUUUACUGAAUACUGAACAAAACUUUGACUAUUGUGUUACUAGAAACGUGAAAUUGAAGAAAUCAAAUGUAGUCCAGCAGUAACCCAUCAAAAAAUAAAUGAGUACGUUGAUUAUUGCCCACACAAGUGCGACAAAUGCAGAAAUGUAAUGCAGAAGGCACGUCUGAUUGUCACUGAGGCCGGAAAAUCGCUUCGUAAAGAUUUGGAGAUCACGUGCUAUGGUGAACAUAAAUCCUUCUGUUUCUGGUCUGGCAAGCGGAGAAACAGAAUUGUGGUUCAAAUGUUUGAGGGAGAAAUUCAUGAAACUACCACUGACCGAAGUACGUGGGAGCAGCUCAAGGAGACGUUGAAAAGUAACUGGAGUGGUGUCCUGCGUGUAGUUGUCAAUGCUGCGGGAAGAAUAAUUGGAGCCAUACGGGGAGAACACGCGGAUUUACUUACACCAAGCGCUUUAUUAGCGGCUUUGACCGCUUUUGCGGAUGAAAUUCGACAAAACUAGUCGAGGCAACGAUUCCAUUUAUUCGCAAUAAUUGAAUGAGUGCUUUCAAGCGCUUCGUCUAAUAUUGUAGCUAAUGUGAAAAGAAAUACUAAGAAAUAAAUAGAUUAACUUAAACGGCUAAAUAUCAUGCUAAAUAAGCAAUUAAUUGCUUAGGUAAAUCUAAAACAUGUAUAUCAUUUGAGAUAGUGCAUAUAUAUUAAAAGCAAACAUUUGCUUAGGGUAUCUUUUAAAAAGUAGCUGUUCAAAAUACUUUUUAUUCAAAAGUGACGACCGCCUAGCAAAUUAACAAUGAAGUAACGUUUUCAUUAUUAUAAUUAAGUAAUAAACAUUUACGUAUUAUUCAAG